AUGUCAGCAGGCGCAUACAAGGCAUUGAAGCCGACCAAGCGUAGCAGAAGUCGCUCAUCCACAUCAUCGAGCUCCGAGAGCUCCAUCGACAGUCACGCUUCUGCAUUUCAGAAGUUCCACUCACGCAUGGACAACUCCUUCGGCCGACAUCAAUAUCAGGAGUCUCGAAUACUGCAAAGCAGCUACCCAAGCUCCGACUCAGCAUCAACUUCUUCUCCAAGCAUAAACAGCGAAGCAUUUGCCGCCAGACUAGGACUGUUCACAAUCUCCCGUCCAGGCGCCGCAAGCCCCCGGGAUCUAGUCGUCAGAGUCAUGGACUGGGCCGAAGAUGUUGAGCAAUAUGCGCCGGAAUUAGAGCGGGCCAUGGAAAAGACCCCGCUCCUCCCACAAGUGCUCAGAGAACAUGGUGCAAGAUAUG